AUGGCUGAGUUCAGGGUGAGGGUAUCCACUGGGGAGGCCUUCGGGGCUGGCACGUGGGACAAAAUGUCUGUCAUCAUCGUGGGGACCGAAGGAGAGACCCUGCCACUGCCCCUGGACCAUUUCGGCAAAGAGUUCACCGCGGGUGCUGAGGAGGACUUCGAGGUGACGUGCCCCCAGGACGUGGGCCGGGUGCUGCUGCUGCGCGUGCACAAGACUCCCCCAGCGCUGCCCCGUCCCUUCUGGUCCCUGGCCUCGGACGCCUGGUUCUGCCGCUGGGUCCAGCUCACGCCGCCCUGGGGGGCCCCCCUCCGCUUCCCCUGCUACCAGUGGCUGGAGGACCAGGGGAGCCUGGUGCUGCGGGAGGGGACAGGACAACUUCCCCUCUGUGAUGCAUCUGUCUGGAAGACUUACAUCCCAGGCUGGCCUCACUGCUUCAAUGAGGAGACCAUAAAAAACCUGGACCUCAACAUCAAAUACUCUCUGGCAAAGAACAUCACCUUCUACCUGCGAGGCGUAUCAUUGUUGGCAGAUCUGAAACUCAAAGGGCUGCUGGACCGCAAGGGGCUCUGGAAGAGCCUGGAGGAGAUGAGAAGUGUGUUCAACUCCCUGAAGAACCCAGCCGUGGAGUAUGUGUUUGAGCACUGGCAGGAGGAUGCCUUCUUUGCCUACCAGUUCCUGAAUGGCCUCAACCCGGUCCUGAUCCGCCGCUGUCGCCACCUCCCAAAGAACUUCCCUGUCACUGAUGCCAUGGUGGCCCCAGUGUUGGGCCCCGGGACGAGUCUGCAGGCUGAGCUGGAGAAAGGGUCCUUGUUCCUGGUGGAUCACGGCAUCCUCUCUGGCAUCCGCACCAAUGUCAUUAAUAGGAGGCCUCAGUUCUCCGCGGCCCCAAUGACCCUGCUAUACCAGUGCCCAGGGUGUGGGCCCCUGCUGCCCCUCGCCAUCCAGCUCAGCCAGACCCCUGGGCCCGACAGCCCCAUCUUUCUGCCCAGCGACGACAAGUGGGACUGGCUGCUGGCUAAGACGUGGGUGCGCAAUGCCGAGUUCUCCAUCCACGAGGCCCUCACACACCUGUUACAGGUGCACCUGGUGACCGAGGUCUUCACCCUGGCUACGCUGCGCCAGCUGCCUCACUGCCACCCACUCUUCAAGCUGCUGAUCCCACACACACGGUACACCCUGCACAUCAACACGCUGGCCCGUGAGCUACUCAUUGCCCCCGGGAAGGUGGUGGACAGGUCCACAGGCCUUGGCAUUGAAGGUUUCUCUGAGCUGAUACAGAGGUACAUGGAACAGCUGAACUAUUCCGUCCUGUGUCUGCCUGAGGAUAUCCGGGCCCGAGGAGUUGAAGACAUCCCAGGCUACUACUACCGGGAUGAUGGGAUGCAGAUCUGGGGUGCAGUGGAAUGCUUUGUCUCCGAAAUGAUCGGCAUCUACUACCUGAGCGACGAGUCUGUCCGCGAUGACAGUGAACUCCAGGCCUGGGUGUGGGAGAUCUUCUCUGAGGGCUUCCUAGGCCGGGAGAGCUCAGGAGUACCCUCCUCCCUGGGGACACGGGAAGCCCUGAUACAGUACGUCACCAUGGUGAUAUUCACCUGCUCGGCCAAGCAUUCCGCCAUCGGUACAGGGCAGUUUGACUUCAGUGCCUGGAUGCCCAACCUGCCACCUACCAUGCAGCUGCCACCGCCCACCUCUAAAGGCCAGGCAAGCCCGGAGGGGUUCAUAGCCACCCUCCCACCAGUCAAUGCCACAUGUGAUGUCAUCAUUGCCCUCUGGGUGCUGAGCAAGGAGCCUGGAGACAGACGGCCCCUGGGCACCUACCCGGACGAGCACUUCACGGAGGCGGCCCCGUGCUGGAGCAUCGCAGCCUUCCAGAGCCGCCUGGCUCAGAUCUCGCGAGACAUCCAGGAGAGAAACCAGGACCUGGAGCUCCCCUACACUUACCUGGACCCUCCCAUCAUCGAGAACAGCGUCUCCAUCUAA